UCAGUGAGAGGUGAAAUGGCUCAGAAAGGUGUUCAGCUGGACACAAUUUCUUGUUUCAUCUGUCAGUAUCAACUGAAGGAUCCGGUGACUACUCCCUGUGAACACAGCUACUGCAUGAACUGUAUUAAAAGCUUCUGGGAUGAAGAGGAUGAGAAGAAAAUCUACAGCUGCCCUCUUUGUAGGCAAACUUUCGCACCGAGGCCUAACCUGCUGAAAAACACAACAUUAGCAGUGUUAGUGGACAUACUGAGGGAGACUGGACUCCAAGCUGCUCCUGCUGAUCUCUGCUAUGCUGGACCUAAAGAUAUGACCUGGGAUGCCUGUGCGGGGAGAAAAAUGAAAGCUCUCACACCCUGUCUAUCGGCCUCUUACUGUGAGAAACACCUCCAGCUUCAUUAUGACUCAGCUCCAUUAAAUCAACACAAGCUGGUGGAGCCCUCUACGAAGCUCCCAGAGAACAUCUGCUCUCGUCACGAUGAGGUGAUGACGAUGUUCUGUCGUACGGAUCAGCAGUGUAUCUGUCAUCUCUGCCCUGUGGACGAACAUAAGGGCCACGACACAGUCUCAGCUGCAGCAGAGAGGACUGAGAGGCAGAGGGAGGUGGAGGUGAGUCGACAAAACAUCCAGCAGAGAAUCCAGGACAGAGAGAAAGAUGUGAAGCUGCUCCAGCAGGAGGUGGAGGCUAUCAGUCGCUCUGCUGAUAAAACAGUGGAGGACAGUGACAAGCUCUUCACUGAGCUGAUCCGUCUCAUGGAGGAAAGAAGCUCUGAUGUGGAGCAGCAGCUCAGAUCACAGCAGAAGACUGAAGUAAGUCGAGUCAAAGAGCUUCAGGAGAAGCUGGAGCAGGAGAUCACUGACCUGAAGAGGAAAGACACUGAGCUAAGGGAGCUUUCACACACAGAGGAUCUCAACCAGUUUCUACACAGCUACCCCUCCCUGUUACCACUCAGUGAAUCUACACACUCAUCCAACAUCAACAUCGGUCCUCUGCGCUACUUCGAGGAUGUGACAGCAGCUUUGUCAGAAGUCAGAGAUAAACUGCAGGAAGUCUUGAGUGAGAAAUGGACAAACAUCUCUCUGACUGUGACUGAAGUGGAUGUUUUACUGCCACAGCCAGAGCCCAAGAGCAGAGCCGGAUUCUUAAAGUAUUCAUGUGAAAUCACGCUGGAUCCAAACACAGCAUACACAUGUCUGUUAUUAUCUGAGGGGAACAGAAAAGCAGCAAAAACGAGUGAAGCACAGCCUUAUUCUAGUCACCCAGACAGAUUCACUAAAUAUUGUCAGGUCCUGAGCAAAGAGAGUCUGACUGGACGUUGUUACUGGGAGGUGGAGUGGAGCGGGGGAGGAGUUUGUGUAGCAGUCGCAUACAAGAAUAUCGGCAGAGCAGGGGGCUCGAAUGAAUGUCGUUUUGGAUACAAUGACAAGUCUUGGGCGUUAUAUUGCAACAAUAACAGUUAUAACUUUUGGUACAACAACGUCCACACUCGUGUCUCAGGCCCUCAGUCCUCCAGAGUAGGAGUGUACCUGGAUCACAGUGCAGGUACUCUGUCCUUCUACAGUGUCUCUGAAACCAUGACACUCCUCCACAGAGUGCAGACCUCUUUCACUCAGCCUCUCUAUGCUGGACUUUGGGUUGAUUUCUGGUUUGGACUUUCCUCUGGCGUCACUGCCCAGUUGUGUAACCCCAAUUAGACAGAAGUCAUUAAAGGGAUAGCGGGUUCAAUUCUGUGUUAAGCUCUUAUUUUGUCUUCAUGUUUGUUGUUAACAACUAAUUGUUUUGUUUUUUUCUGCACUGCACACAGAUCAGCUGUCAAUCAAACAUUAUGGGUGGUACUUUGACAUCUUUUUCAUGAGUUGCUGGCCCCUGAGCACAGAUAUGCAAAAGGCCCAAUCACCUCUUAUACAUUAGAGCAAGACACAUAGACUUUGUGGUAGUUUUUUGGCUCUUUGUAGUCAUUAUGCAUCUUUUUGUCGGUUUGUUUGUCU